UGCCCUACACAGAGGGGCAUGCUCUUCUGUGUUUAUCUUCUGCAGAAGUGCAGGCUAAUUUUGCAUGGAGGAAAAUAAACAAUAAAACAUGUCGAAAAUAGAGUUGUUGAGAGAGUUUCUCAACCAGAAAUUAACAGCGGCUGCUGAGGAGAUAUUUGGGGUCGUUGAAAAAACGAUAGCAGAGUACCAGGUAGACGUUUUUMGUACGAAAGAGGAGAACGAACGUCUUCGUGGGCUGUUGAUGGUGCAUAGAGGAGAGUCAGACUGCCAUCAGCAGGCUGAAGCUACUAUCACUUUGGUGCAGGUUGCCCCAGAGCAGCAGCAGUCAUGUUCUCAAGAGUGGGGCCUCCAUCUAAGACAGGAGGACCCAGAGCCCACAAUGUCACAGUGUAAAGAGGAAGACGAUACCUACUGGAUCAGUGAGGUUGAAGAGCACAUUCAAAUGCUGGAGUCUGAUCCCAAAGACCCAGACCAAGUAUCCACUCCUGAAGAUUUCACAUUCCAAAUGGAGACAGAAGGGUCAGUAAAUGAAGCCAUCAAACUGAAAGUCAUCCUCAACGACAACAGAAUAGAGAAAGUGAUUCUGCCCUCUCAACCUGACUCACUGAAUGAGCUGAUAUCAACGCUCAAGGAGAAACUGCAUCUGAAUUUAGAUUUUCGUCUUCUUUAUGAAGACCCUGAUUUCAACAACGAGCUCUUCAACUUAGAGACCAUUGAAGACUUGCCUUCUCCUAGGGCUACGGUGAAAGUUUUGCGAAUACGACGUGAUGCAGACCUCGGUUUAACCGGACUCUCAGCCACCGAGUUACAGGACGCCCCACCAGAGCGGCUAGGCAGGUGGCCUGAGGUAUUUGUCAUACCCACUUUCUCGAUGGAAGUUGAGUUUGCUCUGAGAGAGGGCAAUUGUGCAUAUCUGAGACAUGAAACGGUGCUGAAAAUAACAAGGGAUCAAAAACACAACAUUCUUGAUAGGAUGGCUUGGACAAUCUUCAAUUUCAAAGCGUACCCAAGUGACAGGCAGUUUGCCAAGGCAGCUGAGGCCCUUGUAACCAAGCACCCGUGUUUGAAAGAGCCUGGCUCAAAAACAGGCUGCGAUGGCUGGAAGAACAGCCUGAAAUUCAAAAUGGGAAACUACAGGCAGAAGUUACGCCGUGUUGGGUUCCCAGAGGUUGCUGUGAACGGGGGGAGGAGGAGCAAGCAUCGUCCUGACAAUGAGCACGCUCGGAGCAACAUCAAACGAGCACGCCGGGCAGAGGUGAACUUCCUGCCCAACUUCCCUCAAGGAGAAGAUGAGGCCAGCCUGGAGAAACAGAGACUGGAGAUGGUCCACGAGAUGACGAAAGAGAACAGAGACCUGCCACUCAUCAAUCAACACAUGCAGAAGACAUUUGCUUUCCGACGCCAAGAAAUAGUUAAAUCCAGUCCCUCGGUAGAGCAUCUCAGAACACGCUGGCCAGCACUCUUCCUUGAAGCCCAGGUACAUGCUGAGUUUCAGAGAAUCACCAACCAGAGCCUGCAGCAGACGUUCUACGCUGCCUUGGACCUCCACACACCCCGCCUGCUGACCCUGUUCAGGGAGAAGGAGGGGAAGUCCACCACCCAUGGAGGGAAGUUCUCAAGCAUCCUGAGAGUGUACAACGAGCAGUUCACUUCACAGGGAGAAAAGAACAUCACCGUGGCCCGUUCUGCAGUCCUGGCUGGUCUCCCUUUGUUGUUACGAGAGGAUAGUUCUGAUGUCUUCAAAAUCUGCAAGGUGGGAGAACUCAGCAACMCUGGUAUUCUGGAUGGAGUUUCCAUUCUCUCAGUGGUGGGCCAGCACAAUGAGGUGGUGGGUGGUAUACCCAUCAGACCAGCCCAUGUAUCCAUUGUCCUUGAGGAUAAGAUCGUCAUGACUAACUCCUGCUCCUGGCCAGACGCUCUCAUGGUUGUUUUUGGGCUACUCUACUCCCUCCAUCUGAACUACCCCAAGGCCCUGGGCAGCACCUUUGAGUUCAUGCAGAAAGUCUUCCUGAACCUCGACGAUGGAAAGCUGAAGCCCAAGYUGCUAGCACUGAAAAAUGAACUGUUGGCCUAAUUCUGUAGUGAUGAGAUGGAAUUUUACUUUCAGUGACCUCCUAUAUGCCGAGUGAGUGGUUUGAAAACAAUGGUURUUUUUGUUUGGUUUGCUUUUUAUAUUUUUGUACCUUUUUUGUGAAGGUAAUGGAUUUGAURUUGUAUUUCAAUUCACUUAUAACCCUUUUAUGUGCAAAGAAGACACAGGUCAGUCAACACAUUAACUUAUAACCCUUUUAUGUGCAAAGAAGACACAGGUCAGUCAACACAUUAACUUGCCACAUACAGUAGAUCUACAACACAGUUCUCUACCUUUGUUAUACAGCUGCAGAAAACCCCCAAAUGUAUUCUAGAAGAUUUCACCUUUUGCACUCAGUACAGCCUCAAUUUGUCGCAGCAUGGACUCUACAAGGUGUCAAAGCGUUUCACAGGGAUGCUGGCCCAUGUUGACUCCAAUGUGUCCCACAGUUGGCACAAUGUCAAUUAGGUGGUGGACUAUUCUUGAUACACAUAGGAAACUGUUGAGCGGGAAAAACCCAGCAGCGUUGCAGUGCUUGACA